UGUCAGCAUGUGUGAAAAGACAAGCGAGCAUUCCGUGCUAUGAUUCAGGCCUAAUUAAGUGAUUGCGUCUGGGCACGGCUAUAAACCACUAGCUGCUUCAACUGGUAAUCCAGUCAGUAGGCAACUGCAGGGGCUUGCCACUGACUGAAGGCAGUGGAAGGUUGGCAGAAGGAGGCUGUUCAAGGCUGUUUUUGCCUUCACUAUGGCAAAAAUCAUUUUGAGGCACCUCAUAGAGAUUCCAGUGCGUUACCAGGAAGAGUUUGAAGCUCGAGGUCUAGAAGACUGCAGGCUGGAUCAUGCUUUAUAUGCACUGCCUGGGCCAACCAUCGUGGACCUGAGGAAAACCAGGGCAGCGCAGUCUCCUCCAGUGGACUCAGCGGCAGAGACGCCACCCCGAGAAGGCAAAUCCCACUUUCAGAUCCUGCUGGACGUGGUCCAGUUCCUCCCUGAAGACAUCAUCAUUCAGACCUUUGAAGGCUGGCUGCUGAUAAAAGCACAACACGGAACCAGAAUGGAUGAGCACGGUUUUAUCUCAAGAAGCUUCACCCGACAGUACAAACUACCAGAUGGCGUGGAAAUCAAAGAUUUGUCUGCAGUCCUCUGUCAUGAUGGAAUUUUGGUGGUGGAAGUAAAGGAUCCAGUUGGGACUAAGUGACAUCGUAUCGGUUCCUGUUCAGAUGACAUGGGGAAGACGAUGGUUCAGCCACUGGUACUACGAGAAUGUUUGUAUUACCCACAUUUGAAAUGAUUUGCUAUGAUUUUUAUGAAGAUUAAAAAUAUAUUCACAGUU